AUGCAACUACGAUUAUUAUUAUUUGGAAUAUUUAUUCUAUACAGUAUUGAUAUGGUUAAUUCGAUAAUAUGUUAUCAAUGUACAGAUUGUCCUCAACCAUUUACUGAAAAUUAUCCUUAUGUUACAAUAACUAAUAAUACAAAUUUUCUUGCAAAAUGCACUACAACAGUCGUGAAUUUAGGCGAUGGUCGUCGUUUAGUAUUAAAAGGUUCAGUAUUUUUUUGUCCAGUUCAAACAAGCCAAACGGAUGUAACAAUCUAUUGUUGUGAUCGAGAUUAUUGUAAUUCAACAAAUUAUAUUGCUCCAUCAAUUCUUUUAUUCUUAUUUAUUUUUUCUAAGAAUAUAUUUAUCAAUAUACAAUAUUAA